AAUCAGAAAAUCUAUUCAUUAUUAUUUAAGUAAAUGAACUUUGAACUAAACAUCAUUUAAAUGGCAUUUAAUUUAUGUUAAAUAAACAAUAAUUUGAGGAAUACAUUUUGAUUAAAAAAUUUGUUUAAAUUUAUUUUUAAAGUAAUUAUAAGACGGGACAAAUUGAAUAGCUACACAGUGAUCAAAUUCAUAAAUACUGAAUUCAAUUAAUGAAUGGUAUACUUUGAAAACUGAUUGGACGUUUGCACAUCUGCUAUCAUUAUAAUACUAUUCCAAAUAGUUUAAAAAAUGAUCAUACUAUUAAUGAAAGGUAGCUACAAUCAUGUGUUGGUGUUACUAUCGUUGAUAAUUUAUGUGUCUAGGCAAUCAACAGUCAGUUCGGCUGUAGAACGUGGUAAUGACUGUCCAGAAAGUCAACCUUGGCCUUGUCGAACACCUAGAAUAUGUCUAUCUUUUGAUUUUAUUUGUGACGGAGAACCAGAUUGUCCAGAUGAAUACGAUGAAGAUCCUGAAAUGUGUACGGCAAAGUUAAGACCAGCACAAGAACAUUUAGCUGGAUUUAUACAUCGUUAUCAAAACUGGCUAGUACCAAAGUUUUUAGGAUAUGGAACGCCAGAAGAAUUAGCUGCCAAACUUGUUGCGAAUGAAUUCGAAGUAAAUCCAACGUUUCGCCCUGGCAGUCUGAUCCAAGCUUUUUCAAGGAGAAAGUUGAGAUCUUACAAUCAUAUUAUUCCUAUUUAAUGUUUUACAUCAACUUGGCGCCAAAAUAUUGUUAAACUAUUCGCUCUAAUUUAAAAGAAAGUUCUUACAUGAAAAAUAAGUGAAUUUAUAAAUUCCAGCGCUACAUAAUGAAUAUAUUCUCCUCUUAAAGAAUACUAAAAUAUCUUACUUUAAUGGUGAUUUUGAUUAUUUUGAAGAAAAAGUUGUACUUCUUUUUAUAAUGUACUCAUUCUUGAAUGAAAAUUAUAGUAAAUAAACAAUUUAAGAAAAAAAGUGCUUAACUGUACUAUUUAUUCAUUACUUAUAUACUAUAAGAAUAUAAUAUCUUAGGAAUGUAAAUAAAAUACCAAUACAUACACACAUUGAAGUCGAAAAGUUGCAUAAAUCAUCUUGUUGGUUAGAACACUGGACGGCUUUUUCAUCCUACUAUGGGACACCUCAGCAAUGUUUCCAGGUUUUUAGUGGUGGUCUCCCUGAGAUUGAUGAGUAAUUACAACUGCAAAAAUACUACAUACCUCACAAAUUCUUCAUAAUGAUAAUAAUCAUGUGCUCAGUAGUGAUUAGCCUCGAGAUGUAACUCCUACAGUUCUGGUGAGAUGCCAUGACUAGUGGAGUCUAAUUCGGGUUGAAUGUAAGAUAGUUAUCUACUGCAGGGAAUGGAUGAAGUGUUGCCCAAGAUCAAGGAUUGAUUAAAGUUAGACAUCGACACAGUUGACUGCCAGCUCAGUGGUCUAGAGGUUAGGAGUUCAUACAAGAGAGUGAGCGUGUUGGUUUCGAAUCUCGCGCGCCGGAUCGUGGAUGUGCACUGAUGAGGAGUUCCAUACUAGGACAAAAUGACCGUUCUGUACUUGCAGGUAUUCAAUGGUGAACUAGCUUAAAUCAACCGGUGUUUUAAACUGAGAAUGUAGAUGCCAUCAAUAACUCUUAUGAUACUAAUAAUAACAUGUAUACAAAAAGUGUAAAAUGUUCCUUUUAUUAAAAUACAACUUAUAAAGAAAUUUAACCCUUAAAUUACUUCAUCUAAAUAACUACAAAUUGUGUGGUACGAAUAACUUAGAGAUUGACCAUCCACAUUUCAUUACAUCUCCAAUCAAAAUGUAGAGGGAAGGAACAAGAAUCGUAAAUAAACUUUUCCUCCUGGAAAAUAUUUUAUGAACUUGAACUACUAACGCAAAAUUAAACUAAUUUAUCAUAUAGUAUUACUUGUUUGAAGUGAGUUUAAACUUCACCCCAUUGCACAA